AAAGAUGUGAAAAAAAAUUCUGCCGUGGACCGUUAAAUUGGCUGAAAUUGUUGAAUUCCCCAAAAACCUAGUGUAAUGAGCAGGAAAGGACGGAAUGCCCAACGCUACGAUGAGCUUCCCUACGAGAUCCUGUGCUUUAUAUUUGAUCGUCUCGAUCUGCACAGUUUAAAGUGUGCAUCCCUUACCUGCCGCCGCUGGUGCGAGAUCAUCUUCUCCGGUGGAUAUAUCAAACGCUUCACGCUUUACGUUCCGCUGGUACGAUGGCCGGUGCACGUGAAAGACGGCCAAGCAUCACCCUUCAGGAAGCACGGCGAAGACGCCGGGGAUUCAAAACGGCUAUUCCUUUUAAAAGCUGUGAAACGAUCCAGUCGAGUUUAUCGAAACCUCAACCUAGAGCUGGAAGAUCGUAGCGAUUGCAAUAGAUCGGCCUCAGGGAUGCUGUGGACCUUGUUCGAACCACAUCGCCUAGAGCAGUUGGUGUCGCUGCGAAUCGUCCUGAAGCAGGAAGCGAGCCAGUUGCUUGAGAUGGUAGUCAAAGCGAUCCCUGCGAUGUCACAGCUUCGUGAUCUCCGUCUUAAUGGAUGCUUUAGCAGUAGCUCACUCCUCCGAUUGCAUAGUGACACCGUACGACACCUGGAACUGGACACGAUCGUUCCGCAGCAACUCGAAAUGCAGCGUCUACACCUUCUCGAUGUGUUGAUCGAUCGAUCCGCCCCUUUCUAUACACCGGCUCACAAUGAAGAUUUGCUCUAUCUCCUAGCGCUCGACGGCGUUAAAGAGUUGAAGCUGACGAUACGACCUGGACCCAUACGUGAAACGCACCGCCCCAUCUACACCCAGCGCUUCUAUCGACGCUUGAAAAGCCUAGAAUCGUUAACACUGGCCGAAACCAGUACGCCAGAGAACACAUUCAUUGCCAUCUGUGAUACAUGCACUUCCCUAACGGUGCUUUCAAUCUCUUCGUUGCAAAUCAUCGGCUCCCAGGCGCUACAGCAACUUUCCCGUCUCAGCAACCUACGGGAGCUACGGUUGGAAACCAUCGUAACACCCUUUCCCGUGUCAUUUGCCUCGUUCAAUCUCCCUACGCUAGAGUCCCUCUGGGUCGGAUGUGCGUUGUUAAUGCCCGAUACGGUUGCUGUACUGCCUCCUUCACUUCGUAAGCUUGUGUUGUACUGCGGAACCGACAAACUGCGGGAAGAAUUAUCACUCGUCGUACCGAAAUUGCUGCCACAUGUGAGUGAGUAUGACAUCCGGUUGUAUACUUUUUAUUAAAUCGAGUAGUACAAUAAACGCUGAUGUGCAAUGUGAUAGAAGUAUAAAACGUGUUCCAUACGAUUCACGACCAACACGGAUCAGUACCAGAAGCUAGCAACAGAACAGAAAUUUUAGCUUUGCGCCGAUACCUUUCUUGGCGUUACC